UUAAUUUGCCCGAGGCUGCCACGCAGUCUCAGCCCAGAGAUUAGAAAGUCGGAUGCGGAGCUUGGAGACCCUGCGGGGAGGUAGUGGUGGUGGGGUCGGCGCCUGGCCGACCCAGCCCCGUGCACUUGCCGCGCCCGGGAGUGCCACGCGUGCUGCCGCGCUCGCGCCGCCUAAGGAACUUCAGGAACUUGAUUUUCAUUUGGUGCCCACUGCACGACCUGAGGCUUUUUUUUUUUUUUCUUUCUUUCUUUCUUUCUUAAAUUGCUGAGUGUGGAGAGGCCCCGCCCUUCCGCGCCCGGCCGCCGGGCCACCCGUCCCGCUCUCCCCGGCGGGUGUUCCUUCCCGGACGGCGCUGGAGGGCCUGGCGACAGCAGCCCAUGGGACCCGUGUCGCUGCCCGCCUGGCUGCAGCCCAGGUAUAGGAAGAAUGCCUAUCUUUUCAUCUACUACUUAAUCCAGUUCUGUGGCCACUCAUGGAUAUUUACAAAUAUGACGGUCAGAUUCUUUUCAUUUGGAAAAGAUUCAAUGGUUGACACUUUUUAUGCAAUUGGACUUGUGAUGCGACUUUGCCAGUCCAUUUCCCUCUUGGAGUUGCUGCACAUAUAUGUUGGCAUCGAGUCAAACCAUCUUCUUCCUAGGUUUCUGCAGCUCACUGAAAGAAUAAUCAUCCUCUUUGUGGUGAUCACCAGUCAAGAGGAAGUCCAAGAGAAAUAUGUGGUGUGCGUUCUAUUCAUUUUUUGGAAUCUAUUGGAUAUGGUAAGGUACACCUACAGCAUGUUAUCAGUCAUAGGAAUUUCCUAUGCUGUCUUGACAUGGCUCAGUCAAACUCUGUGGAUGCCAAUUUAUCCUUUGUGUGUUCUCGCUGAAGCAUUUGCCAUCUAUCAGUCACUGCCUUAUUUUGAAUCAUUUGGCACAUACUCCACAAAGCUGCCCUUUGACCUACUCAUCUAUUUCCCAUAUGUGCUGAAAAUGUAUCUCAUGAUGCUUUUUAUAGGUAUGUAUUUUACGUACAGCCAUCUUUACUCAGAAAGAAGAGACAUCCUCAGAGUCUUUCCCAUUAAAAAGAAGAAAAUGUGAAGCACGGCACUCAUGUGACGUAAGAAAAGAGAGGCUUGUGGAUUCAGCUGCAGUAAACACAAGACAGGAAGCGUUCGGGUGGAAAAAUACCUAGUAUGUGACAGAAGUCUGUGACAUGAAAUAACAGCACUCCUCCCCAGAACUCUUGACGUAAUCUAUGCCUAUGUUUUUCACACAGUUUUCAGUACGAAUACUUUGCACAACCUGUUUCACCAAAGCUGUGGAUUUUACACAAGUUUAUAUUGUGUGAAGCCUGAUUAUUUCCCUGUAAGGUCAAUGAGAAACGGGAAAUUAACUGAAGUAGAUUCAAUUAAACUGAGAAACCAGAGUUGUUAACCUAAA